AUGACGAUGGACUCCAAAAAAUUCGUGAGGAAAUGCGUCAAGUGCCAAGAGAACGCCAACUUCCACAAAGCGCCGGCAACUGAACUAAGCCUAUUGAUGUCCUCCCGGCCUUUCGCACAAUGGGGAGUCGACGUCUUGGGACCUUUCCCGGUUGGUCCGGGGCAAGUCAAAUAUCUCAUAGUUGCUAUCGACUACUACACCAAAUGGAUAGAGGCUGAACCACUGGCCAGUACUAAUACCAUGGACGCUCCAAGGAGAGUUACCAUCAAGGAAGCGGGUGCACCGGAUUAUGUCCUUCAACCCCUUCAUGUAACUCACCCCAAUUUGAAUGCGAAUUUUGAAUUGAAGACCGCUUUGAUCAAUCUCCUACCCAAGUUUCACGGGCUUCCCGCACAAGACCCUAUUCGACAUCUCAAGGACUUCCAUCGCAUAUGCUCAACUACUAGACGGGAAGGGUCCGAUGAAGUUGCUAUAUAG